ACAACAACUUGUAUCAACCCAAUCCUGAAAGUACUGAAAUGAGGAGGCUGCCAAGGUUGACCAUCUCGACCAGAGAAGAUGAAGUUUCUAGGAUAGAGAGAACAGAAAUUAGAUACCCCUUCUUGGGUAAGAAAGCUAACAAGCUUCAAAAAUGUGCAUCCAUGAUCCAUUUGCUACUGAUAAAGUUUGCAUCUGACAAGCUAACAACCUUGAAGGACAGUAGCCCAAAGUUGUUUUUGAUGAACAGAAGAUACUGGGAUGCAAAUGGAUAUUGGAAAAGAAGGUUUUAGUGCUUUAAAUUUCUCCACCUUCAUCCUGUUGCUGUUCAACUUGCUUCCAUUACAGUGUUGUGCUCAAGUUCAUGACAUAACUCCGUCGCGACCAUUAGCAGAGGGACAAACUAUUGUCUCCCCAGGCAACUUAUUCGAGUUGGGAUUCUUUAGUCCUAAUAAUUCUGCUGCUAAUAAAUAUGUGGGGAUAUGGUACCAGAAUAUACUUCCUCGUAAAGUUGUGUGGGUGGCCAACAGAGAAAAGCCUCUUGCAGUUGCAGACACCGUGGCUAGUUUGAGAAUUAGCAGCAAUGGGACUCUGGAACUUGUAGAUGGGAAGCAGAAUUCUGUUUGGUCAAAUAAUGUUUCAGUGCCAUCUAAUGGUUCAGCAGCUGCCCUUCUUUUAGACGAUGGAAACUUUGUUGUCAAAGUCAAUGCAGGAGCAGCUGAUCAUUUGUGGGAGAGCUUUGAUUAUCCUAGUGACACACUUCUACCUAGUAUGCUGCUGGGAUUUGAUAGUAAAUCCGGAAAGAGGAAUUUCUUGAGUGCCUGGAAAAGUGAGAGUGAUCCAUCAACUGGGAUAUUCUUGGUUGGAUUGACACCAGAGGUGCCUUCACAGUUGGUGGUUUGGAUCAAUGGAUCAACUCUCAACUGGAGAAGCGGGCCAUGGGAUAAAUCAAAGUUCAUUGGCGUACCCGAAAUGGAUGAUCAAUAUGGAAGCGGAUUUUAUCUAGAUGAAAAUGCGCAACUGGGAACAAAGUAUUUCUCUUUUAGUUUAUUUGAAAAAACUGUGGCAGCAUAUAUUGACAUCUCUUCAGAGGGUGUACUAAAGCUUAUCUAUUCGAAACAUGGCGAGAACUGGAAUACUUUCUGGGAAGCCCCGAAGAGUCCAUGUGACAAUUAUGGAGCAUGUGGACCUUUUGGGGCUUGCAAAGCUUCUGAAUCUCCAAUCUGCAAGUGUUUGAAAGGGUUUGUUCCCAAGUCACUUGAGGAAUGGAGCAAAGGAAACAGGACAGGAGGGUGUGUGAGGAAAGCCAAAUUGUUUUGUGAGAGUAACACAAAUCAGUCAGUUGCUUCGAGAGGAAAUGACGAUGGGUUUUGGAAGAUGUCAAGUGUAAAACUACCAGAUUUUCAUGAGUAUAUUUCGUCUUUGAGUGCUGAAAACUGCAGGAGACAGUGUCUAGAUAAUUGUUCUUGCUUGGCCUAUACAUAUGUUAAUAAUAUAGGGUGUUUGGUCUGGUCCAAAGACAUUAUUGAUGUUGAGGAGUUUUCAUCUGCUGGACAAGAUCUUUUUAUUCGCCUACGCACAGAAUCUGGUGAAGGAAAGCGAACAAGGAUAAUUGUUAGCCUCACAGUAGCUAUUUGUUUUAUGGGUGUCUUGGUUGCCAUAGUGUUCAUUUUGCACAGGUUGCGAGCGAAACAAACGGGAAACAUCAAAGUAACAAGAAAGUUCUUUGAAUUGAAUGAUACCAUUGGGAAUUCAAGUGACACUCUUCAAGAAUAUAUCAGACAGCAUGAUCGGUCAGAGUUACUCAUCUAUAAUUUUGAUAACAUAUUACUUGCUACAAACAAUUUCAGUAUCACAAACAAACUCGGGGAAGGAGGAUUUGGCCCUGUUUACAAGGGUAAACUGCAAGAAGGGAAGGAAAUAGCAGUAAAAAGACUAUCUAGUAGCUCAGGGCAAGGCAUAGAAGAGUUCAAGAAUGAGAUGCUGUUGAUCUCCAAACUGCAACAUAAAAAUCUUGUUAGGAUCAUGGGCUGCUCUGUCCAGGAUGAUGAGAAGUUACUAAUUUACGAGUUCAUGCCAAACGGAAGCUUGGAUACUCUUCUAUUCAAUCCAAUGACAGGAGGAGCAGUGCUUGAUUGGGGUCGACGCUUGAAGAUUAUUCAGGGUGUUGCUAGAGGGCUUCUUUAUCUCCACCAUGAUUCCUGUUUGAAGGUAAUACAUAGAGAUUUGAAGGUCAGUAACAUUCUCUUGGAUGAGAACAUGAACCCAAAAAUUUCAGAUUUUGGAUUGGCACGUAUAGUUCAAGGCACGCAGAGUCUAGCAAAUACUCACAAGGUUGUGGGAACAAUGCGGGGAAGGCAAGCACUAGGCGGGCUAGGCGGUCUAGGUGGGAGCUAGGUGGUCUAGACGGGCGCUAGCGCCUACAAAAAAAAAACGCCAUUUUGGAAUCUUCAAGGUCAGGGACAAGAUGACGAUGGUGCUAUGAGCGAGACAGAUAAGGAUUGAAGAAGAAGAGAGGUCUCGGGUUAUGUCUGAGCAAGAGAGAGGGGUUGGAAGACGGCUCGUGUUAGAGUUAGGGUUUGAGAAGGAAAAUUGCAUUUAUAUGUUGAUGAAAAAAAAACAAAAGAAGAGAUGGCCCCUGAUUACUCCUCUAGGCGUUAGACCCCUGCCUGCAGCUCGCCUACCACCUUGUUUCGAACAUUGGGAUUGACAUGUUGUGGCUAUAUGUCUCCGGAGUAUGCCAUGGGCGGGAUGUUUUCUGAAAAAUCUGAUGUCUAUAGCUUCGGGGUCUUGCUAUUGGAGAUUAUUAGUGGCAAAAA